AUGAGCAGCACACAAUACUAUGAACUUUACAGACGAAGCAGUGUUGGUACCGCGUUAGAAGAUACUCUGGACUAUUUGAUCUCAAAUUCGCUGAUUGAGCCGCAACUGGCAGUCAAGACAUUGAUGAGAUUUGACCAAGUCAUUGCAGAUCAACUACGCGAGCAAGUUAAGUCGCGAUGCACAGUCCGAGGCCACCUGCACACAUAUCGCUGUUGUGAUGACGUUUGGACAUUUGUUGUCAAGGAUGUCAACUUUAAAAUGGAGGAUGGCAUUAUUGAAAACGCUGAUAAAAUAAAAAUUGUGGCCUGUAACUCUAGAAAAGCUGGUGAAUCAUAA